AUGGCAUUUGCGAAGUAUCUGGCUGAGAACAGCAACAAGAAGUACGGUGGAAGAUACCUGAAAUACGACGAGCUGACUACGAACAUCAGCAGCGAAACAGAGACGGCGAUCCGUGACGAAUUCGAGCGCGUCUUUGCGUUCAUCCAGGCGGAGACGGCAGCUCUGAAGGAGCGGCUGCAUGCGCCAGGCGACAGCCUGACGGCCGUGCAGGAGGAGACGAAGGCGUUUGCCGAGUUCAUCCGCCUGAACGUGGUUGGGUUCAAGAAGGCGCUGCGGCACUUCGACAAGAAGACGGGCGGACGCCUCGGAAGCCGAUUCCGCCCUGAGCUGGAGCGGAAGCUGUCGCAGAUCGAGCACCUCGACGAGCUCGUCUACGGGCAGUCGAAGCAGAGGCUGCUGCGAAGCAACGCGACUGCGACGAACGAAACCACGACGAGUUUUGUUCGUAAGACAAACAAAUUCUGGGUCCACCCUGACAACCUGAUGGCCCUGAAGCUUGCGAUUGUGAGACACCUGCCGCUCUACGUCUUCAGCCGUGGCGGUGGCUCGCCCUACUCUGCCUGGAACCACCGGACCCACGACACCUCUGUCACGUCCGUCUACCUCGAUAACGAUGAAAGGGCUCUCUACCUGGGAAGAAUGAGGAAGGAGGAAGGAGCUGAGGCCAUUCGAAUUCGAUGGUACGGGAAGGAGGUGACUCCGACUGUUUUUAUCGAAAGGAAGAGACACGCUGAGGGGUGGACAGGCGAGGAGUCGAAGAAGCUUCGCUUUUCGAUUCCGAGGGAGAGCGUCUCUGCCUUUUUGAGGGGCGACGACGUCUGGGAGGCUGUUGCUGCCGUGAACGAUGGCGAUGACGUGCGACUGCUCUACGACGAGGUGCAGGCGGCCGUGACGAGGCUGGGGCUUCGGCCGCGGCUCAGGACGUUCUACAGGCGAGUUGCCUUUCAGCUGCCCGAUGACGCAGCAGUUCGAAUCUCACUCGACACCAAUUUGUGCAUGAUAAAGGAGGGUAGAAAUAGUAGUAACAAUAAUAGAAAUAAUAAUAGGGGUAAUAAUAGUAAUAAUGGUAAUAAUAAUAAUAGGGGUAAUAAUAAUGACAAUAACAAUACUAGUAAUAACAAUGACAAUAACGAAGACUGGUUCAGGGGUGAUGUAGGAGAGUGGCCAUUCAGGGGAGUUGAUGAGAAUGAGAUUGUCAGAUUCCCUCACGCCGUCCUUGAGGUGAAGACGACUGGCCCAGAUGGAGCCAAUCCGCCCUGGAUCGACGAGAUCGUCUCAUCCCCCUUCGUCGAACACGUCCACAAAUUCAGCAAGUUUCUCCAUGGCACCGCCCUCCUCUACCCCGUUGAUGAAAUCCCCUACUGGCUGCCACAGAUGGAAACAGAAAUCAGAAAAGACGCCUUCUACAACGUGGGCAGGCGCAAGGAGUUCGACUCAAAGGGCGUUUUGCAGGAGAGGAGCUCAGAGGAGCGAGUCACCCUCUCCAUCGAGGAUGCGCCACCAGCCAGGCAGAUUCCACCUGCCAGAAUAUCAAUUCCAGUGAGAGUUGAACCCAAGGUCUUCUUCGCAAAUGAGCGCACAUUUCUCAGUUGGGUGCAAUUUGCGAUAUUCCUGGGCGGAAUAGGCACGGCCAUGCUUGGGCUCGCCAACUACAAGGCGAAUGUCUGUGGUGCCAUGCUCAUUGUGGUGGCAAUCGUAUUCGCCAUCUACGCAUUGCACCUCUUCUACUGGAGAGCAGCGAGAAUAAGGGUGAGAGACGCAGGGCCAUACGAUGAUACGACUGGGCCAGUUGUACUGGUUGGGGUAUUCAUAUUGGCACUGCUGUUUUCAGUCUAUUUCAAGUUUCCAAUGAAGAAGAAGUUGGCAUUGGGGGAGUGA